CACAUUCACACGACUCCCGCCGCGAUCCACACCGAUUCACUCCACUGCCCCCCCGCCACGACACGCUCGCCACACACCACUGCACGGGUCCAUGGCCUUGGCGACGCCGCUCCGCCACCUCCUCCCCGUGGCGGCGGCGACGGCCACAGCCCCCGACCCCGCCGGACCAUCCCUGACGGCCCGCCGCGUCCUCUGGGGCCGCCUUCGCUCCAGCCUCGCCGCCUCCCCGUCCAGGGAGCCCAGGUCCAGGUCCCUCACCGCGCCGGUGGCGGCUGCGGCGGGCGGGCGGCCGACGGUGCUCGUCACGGAGAAGCUGGGCCCGGCGGGGCUGGACCUGCUGCGCUCGUUCGCGAACGUGGACUGCUCCUACGAGCUCACGGCGGAGGAGCUCCGCGCCAAGGUCUCGCUCGUGGACGCGCUGGUGGUGCGCAGCGGGACGUGCGUCACGCGGGAGGUGUUCGAGGCCGCGCGCGGGCGGCUCCGCGUGGUCGGCCGUGCCGGGGUCGGGAUCGACAACGUCGACCUCCAGGCGGCGACCGAGGCCGGGUGCCUCGUCGUCAACGCGCCCACCGCCAACACCGUCGCCGCCGCCGAGCACGCCGUCGCGCUCCUCACCGCCAUGGCGCGCAACGUCGCGCAGGCCGACGCGUCGCUCAAGGCCGGCAAAUGGCAACGGAGCAAAUAUGUCGGUGUUACUUUAGUGGGGAAGACACUAGCUGUUAUGGGCUUUGGAAAGGUUGGCUCCGAAGUAGCUCGGCGCGCAAAAGGACUCGGGAUGGAUAUCAUUGCUCAUGACCCAUAUGCUCCUGUUGAUAGAGCCCGGGCAAUUGGCGUAGAUCUUGUAUCAUUUGAUGAGGCCAUCUCCACAGCAGACUUCAUAUCAUUGCACAUGCCUCUAACUCCAUCGACAGCAAAGCUUUUUAAUGAUGAAACUUUUGCAAAAAUGAAAAAGGGUGUUAGAAUUAUCAACGUUGCACGGGGUGGAGUUGUUGAUGAAGAAGCAUUGCUGAGAGCACUUGACAAUGGAACAGUUGCCCAGGCCGCACUUGAUGUAUUUACUGAGGAGCCACCGCCAAGAGACAGCAAGUUGGUGCAGCAUGAGGAUGUCACUGUCACACCGCACCUUGGAGCUAGCACAACAGAAUCUCAGGAAGGUGUAGCCCUUGAAAUUGCAGAGGCUGUUAUCGGUGCACUGAGAGGAGAUCUGGCUGCCACAGCUGUGAAUGCCCCAAUGGUCCCUGCUGAGGUUCUAUCAGAGCUAUCACCCUAUGUUGUCCUUGCCGAGAAGCUGGGCCGACUUGUUGUGCAACUUGUAGCUGGUGGCAGCGGGGUUAAGGUUGUCAAGGUUGUCUACUCAUCUGCUAGAGACCCCGAUGACUUGGAUACAAGAAUUCUUCGUGCCAUGGUCACCAAAGGCAUUGUCGAACCUAUUUCAAGUGCAUUCGUCAACAUCGUCAAUGCAGACUAUGUUGCCAAGCAGAGAGGCCUCCGGAUCAUCGAGGAGAGAAUUCUCCUUGAUGGUUCACCUGAAAUCCCCCUAGAUUCCAUCCAGGUCCACCUCACCAAUGUGGAGUCCAAGUUUGCUGGUGCCUUGUCUGAUGCAGGCGACAUCAGAGUGGAAGGAAAGGUUAAGGACGGCUCCCCGCAUCUCACCCUUGUCGGGUCUUUCAGUGUUGACGUUAGCCUUGAGGGAAACCUCAUACUGUGCUGCCAAGUUGAUCAGCCGGGCAUCAUCGGGAAAGUGGGAUCGAUCUUGGGAAAGAUGAAUGUGAAUGUGAGCUUCAUGAGCGUUGGAAGGACUGCUCGUGGGAAGCAGGCGGUAAUGGCCAUUGGAGUUGAUGAGGAGCCUGAGAAGGAAGCUCUUAAGUUGAUCGGCGAUACACCGUCUGUCGAGGAUUUUGUCUUUGUUAAGCUUUAGAGAGGAAGUAGGUAGGUAUACCAAAGAUAAUGUUUGUGCUAUGUUAGCAUGAGAUUCAUUUUUCCAAGCUGCUAGUAGCUUGUUUGGGGGUACUGUAGAAUGACAUUCUUUGGUGUCCUUCAGGGGACACCACGUAGAUAUAUAAUAUAUCAAGAAGUGCAUGCAAAAAUGCAAUUUUUCCA